CCGUAAGCUCCCCGCCCGCUAAGUGCCGGCUGGAUUUUGAAGUACCGCGCGGAGAGGGAGCCCUAGAAUUUUGGCUUAGUGACUACAAUGUGAAGGCACGUCGGUAGACACUUCAGGGCUGGUUAUGUAGGUGAUAUAUGGCAUAUGAAGAUGAUGGGUUAAUACUCUCGCAGACUUCUGGGCUUGAUUUAACUCAUCUGAAAAGCUGUGUGGGUGCCCCAGAGCGGAGGAGGGCUCAAGGUCCUGGGGGCUGUUCCUACAUCCAAAUGGCAAUUAAAAUAAGAAUGGAAGAGUUUGAUAGAUUGUAGAAUGCCAACAAGGAAACUUUCAACAUCUUCUGUGGAACUAGGAGCUCUGGAGACCCAAGUUCUCAGGAGUUAUAAAUGAAGAGACCUCUUUGUGAAGGAGUCCAGAUGUCUGAGAAGAAAUAUGUAAUAUGCUGAUGCUUCCUGCCUAAAAGUAUGAUUUAAGUCUGGAUGAAAUGAGAGCUUUGACCUUUCAGAGAGUGAAGUUUAUCAUGGGGCUACCUCUGUUAAAACGUGCAAUUCAGGAACAGGCAGAGAAAACAAAGAAUUUUGUCAGUCGAAGCCUGGUCAUAGGAGAAGUCCUCUCCAUAGCGGACAUGGCCACAGGAGUAAAGUGUGGAAUAAUUUAUUGGCUAUUUGGUGGUGCCGUCAGGAACCUUGGAAGUCCAGAACAUGUCACUAAGUGGCUUCAGCCACUCCAGGAGCAGAAAUACACUGGGAUGUUUGCAAUGACCGAGAGGGGCCAUGGGAGCAACGUGAGAGGGAUCCAGACUGAAGCCACCUUUGACCUCUCUGCACAGGAGUUUGUGAUCAACACACCAUGUGAAAAUGCUGAGAAGAUGUACAUUGGAAAUGCGAUGUAUGGGAAUUAUGCCGCCGUCUUCGCUCAGCUCAUCAUAAACGGAAGAUCGCAAGGGCCCCACUGUUUCAUUGUUCCUGUCCGCGAUGAAAACGGAAGCUUGUACCCGGGAGUGACAGCUAUUGAUAUGAUGUACAAGGAAGGUCUGCACGGUGUGGAUAAUGGGAUCUUAAUAUUUCACAAGGUUCGGAUACCAAGGGAGAACCUGCUGGAUAAGUUUGGUUCUGUGGCUCCAGAUGGGCAGUACCAUUCCCCUAUUAAGAACAAGAGUGCAAGAUUCAAUGUGAUGCUGGCAGCGCUGACCCCUUCGAGAUUGGCUGUGACUUUCCAAGCUAUGGGUGCCAUGAAGCUUGGGUUGACAAUAGCCAUUCGCUACAGCCACAGCCGGAGGCAGUUUGGGCCUAAAGCCAAGGAAGAAGUCAAGAUCAUUGAGCACCAAACACAGACCCUUCGGCUGAUGCCUCACCUGGCCACAGCUUUGGCCUUGACCUUCGCCAGCAGGUAUGCCGGGGUCCUUCUGGAUGAGGACAUCUUCCGUGGGAAGGAGCUUGUGGACAGUCGCCCGCUGCAGGCGCUGGUGGCGGGGCUGAAGGCCUACAGUACCUGGGAGAACGUCAGCUGCCUGCAGGACUGCCGCGAGUGCACAGGAGGCAUGGGUUACAUGAUGGAAAACCGAAUCUCAGGCCUAAAAUGUGACACAGAUGUGUUUGUGACUUUUGAAGGUGACAAUGUUGUUAUGCUGCAGGUUGUGGUGCGGGAACUGCUGGCUCAAUACACCAAAGAGCAUAAAGAGAAGCCACUUUUCAGCUGGCUCCGAAACUGUGCUGAGUCUGGGAGUGACAAGCUGAGAACCAGCUUCCUGGCGUUUAAUGUGGACACAGUCGAUAAUCUUGCCUUUCUGUUGAAAGCAGUGAAUUUUCGUGAAAGGGUUCUUCAGCGGAGUUUGGUGGCCAGAAUUUAUUAUAAGGUGAUGACCAAGAAAGAGGACUUUUUCAGUGCCUGGAACUCGUGUCUUCAUCAUGUUGCCUCCCUGUCUCUGGCACACAUCCACAGAGUUACGUUAGAGCAGUUCUGCCUGGCAGUGAGGAGCUGUCCUGGCCAAGAGGACCAGUCUUUGUUCAUGAAGUUUUGUCUGUUAUAUGGAACCAAGCUGGUGUUCCAGGAGCGAGCCUGGUAUCUAGAACAUAAAUUUUUGACUCCCAUGGCCAGCACGAGGAUUAGGAGUCAGUUGCUGGAUUUGUGCGACUCGGUGAAGGAUGAUGCCCUGAAGGUGAUCUCUGCCUUUAACAUUCCACACACCUCCCUCCACGCACCAAUCGCAGGAAUCACCAACGCGCAGGCCGCCUGGGCCUUCUACCCAGAACCGCUGCAACCCGAGCCCCGAGAAGGGGCGCGCUUUCAGCCGCCCAAGCUGGAAGCCAAGUUAUAGCGGGCGUGGUGCGAAGGGUGGUGGCUCGCUCGCAGCUGCCACGACACCAGCUUCUCUGACGCCUGGAACUGGGGCCAAGGCCGGCCUGGCAUGCGCUGGGCCUCGGCCCUCGGGGAUUUGGGUCGCAGAGCAGGCAGGGUUCUCACUGAGGCUGGCGAGACGCGGGAUGGGCUGUUGGGAAAGGGAGCCAGGCGGCAGCCCGGAACACGGGGCUUUAUUAUGUAACCCCGCCUGCCGGCAGCAACCUUUCCCAGCUUCCGCGCUGGAUCUCCCUAGACACUGGACUCCCCUGCGAACGCGCCCCACACACGGGUGCCACCAAAGGUCUCCCGCGGUCAGCGAUGACUCAGAUUUACAGUGAUUUUGGAAAAAGCAUUGGUGCUGCGUGGAAAAAAAAAAAAUCAAAGCAUAAAAAUCAAACACUCGCGGGCAAAGUUUCAGUUCAAGCGAUGCUUCUCCAGUGAAUCAGAACCCCUUGGGGUGUUAGAGGAAACGCACAGACUGGGAAAGGGGAGUGUGCGCCUGGAGUUUUGCUCUCGGCAGAGCGCGAACUCCGGGUUGUCCUCCCAGGCAGGCGGCUUCCGGACCGUAAGACAAGGUGCGGAAAAUACUUUUACCAUAUGAAAUUGUAAUCUGUUCUUUAGAAGAGCAUAGAUAACAAAGUUUAAUAAAGACAUUAAUUGAUGGGAAGGCGGGCUAGGGCAGCACACUGCAGUAAGUUGAUUUCGGAACUCGGAGAGACCACGCAGGCAACGCCUGUGGUCCCAGGCGAGGGCCGUAGAUUUCCCAUCCCAUUUCUCAGAUCCCGAUUGCCCCACUUCAGUUUUGCACCUUUCUCUCAGCCCCAGCCAUCCUCCUUACUCCCGCUCCACAUCUCGUGGCAGAGGCAGGAGUGAGCACAGUUCUCGAGUCCGUGAGGGCGACAUCCAGGACCGGAGACCUAACGCCCAACCGCCCUUUUCACACUGUCCCUUUUCUGGGCUGUGGCCCAGUAUGGGGCCCAGAGGACCUCCGGACCCUGCGGGAGAGGGCGGGAAGGGCUAGAGGUCACCCGCCGCGGAGAGCUCUGCGAAAGCUCCCCAGCACCGCUUGGGUUGCCUGACUCCGAGCCGACCUCCUCCUUGUGCCCCAAAAUAAGAGUGCUUAACCGGUUGCUCUCCCUGACGCCUUUGUUUUUUAAAGUGUUCACAGGGUCGCUAAAGCAGACGACGCGGGGGCGGCGGAGCUGCACAAGACCAGAUGACAACCACUAGGGUUUUCUUCUGCGUGGUUCUUUUCCUGUCCCUGUCUGCAUCGCCCAACCCCACGGAGAGCUCGGAGCACUUGGGCGGGUUUGGGGCUCCCAGCCGGUGCCGUUCUGUUGUUUUCCCGCCGGGUGCUAGGCCGGGCAGCUAAGGCUUAGAGUUCGCCCGUGCCCACCUAAGGUCGAGGGCAACCGCUCCGAGACACCGUCAGGGUAGACAUCCAGUCUCAGCGUGCACUUCGCCGCGUCCACGCCCUUGUCCUUUCCCUCCUGCAACGAAAUCCCGGGGCAGAACCCGGCGUCCGUCCUUGAGUCGCCCCAGGAACCCCUGGCCUCCUACACUUCGCUCAGGACUCGCCAGAGGAUGCGCUGAGAAUUGUUUAACCAGGGGCUGUGCUGUCUUCCCGACGUUCCAUACCUGCUUAUGCAGCAUAAAACACUGACCGAGGUGGCCAAGAGCGGAACAACGCCUCGCUGAUUUGCUCCUCUGCAACUGAGGACCCUUCCUUCUUGGUUCCUGGGAGGGAGGGACUUUAGGGGAUCCUUAACUUGGGUUUCUUUAUUCCAUCUAACCAGCUCUCCCCCGUGACAGGAUGUUCCAUCUCCCGACCGACCUUGCCCCCACUCCCUGGCCCCGGCUAUCUCCUAGCCAGGGGAGCGCAGAAGGGGGUAAGGGUGGGGACUUAGGACCCACAUUAGAACACAUGAGGAUGCGGACCCAGAGGAGUACCAGUCCCCGGAGCAGGAGUGGGAGUGAGGCCGCGGGCACCAAGGAGAAAGGGGGUGGGGGCGCGCAGGGAGGAGUGGGGGGCGUAUUUCGCUCCCCACACCACUCCCCUGCGCGCGCGCGCCUUCACUGGCCUCAGAGCGCCUCGCGGAUGGUUCUCUGAAAGCCUAACCAAUAUCUAGGAUCCCGACCCAGCGGAGGUAUCAUCUUCUCUCCCACCUGAAGGCCGAGAUUCCUUUGGGUCUUUUUUUUUUUUUUUUUCGAGUUCUUUUUUCAUUUCCUUAUUUUACCUGCUCCGCACGCAAUCCCUUCCUGCCUCGUACCGGGGCUGCGGUACAGACGCCUCCGGGGAUCCACUUCUUGCCU